CAAUAGUCAAUUUGAUAGCAUCACUUCUUUCCCAGAUAUCCAUCAAAGCUGCGAGAGCACUUGCCACUACAGUCGGGUUGUCAUCUCUCAGCAUGGCGUUCAACCUGUCGAUGAGGUCUGAGUUUUCGACCAGGUGUCUGUCGUGGUCAUAUAGUUUGGCCACACAAAAUGCCGCCGUCUUUCGAACAUAUGGAUCAGAGUCUCGAAGAAGUUGCUUUGUUGGCGGGACGGUGGCCUCCACAAACUCUCUCACAUGGAUAUAUGACAUGGUACGCAAUGCCAGAGCCCUUACUAACGGAUUUGAAUCGUGCAUAUCCUAAGCAGCAUGAGCUAUGGAACUACCUCGGGAAUUCCCCUCCACAUACCUCUUGGAGUGUUGGAAGUGCCUUUAAGGCGACAUCGGGUUUCAUGCGAGCAUAGUUCACAAGAAAGAGGAAGCACCUAGAUCCAGUUAGUAAACAUUCUCAAGCACCAAAGGAGUAUCUCACAUCUUCUUGAUUUCUAAACUGGGAAUCUGCAUGCAAGCAACAAUAUCGGGAAAUAGCGCAACCAUAUCAUUAUUGCUCAUGGUCAUAUUGGCCACAAUCUUCUUCAAGGCUAUCUUUUUGGCGGCAUGGUUCUUGUCUUUCUUGCCUCCGCUAUUCAACUCAAGUCGAAGCUCUGCUACUUUGCCCUGUGGAGUUUGAAAAUAUGGUGAGCGAAGGCCAGCAACGCCCUGCGGCGGAAUAUAAUGGGGGAGGAACAUCAUGGAGAGGCCAUGCCCUCGCGUAGGACCGCAUAGACCUUUGGGGGUUUGUCUGCGUUGGAGGAUGGGAGGGAGGAAUGAUAUCAAUGAUCAGACAGGGUGCGGUAUGAUAUGAACAUGGCAGUGGUGGGAGUGAAUGCUGCCCUAUGUUGCUAACGAUGUUUGUGCUCGGUGUAGUAAAUGAUGGUGGUGGAAUAGAAGCAAUAUCGUGAAAUCGAACGUACCCUCGCAAAGAGCUUCGCGUCUCCUCCGCCUAAACUCAUGAUGUCCUCAGCUCAGUACUCAAUAUUCCGUAUCAGGAUACGUAUCUGCCUCCCGUCUGAUGUUGCCCAGUCUCAUGUAUUGUGGUUACCCCUCCACUGCUCUCUCCAGCCAACUGGGACGAGGCUUCCUGCUUCUCGAUUCUGCAGUUACAUGCACUCGCAAACCCAAUCACGCGCAAACAGUCGAACGCCAGCGCAAUUGUCGUCUCGUGUGUAGAUAUGUCGCCAUGAAGUCCUGGGAAGGGUGGUCUAGCAGAGAUUCCGAAAUUGGUGGCAGGUCAGUCGCAUGAGGUUGGUCGUCGAGGUCUCUUGCGAGUGCGAAUCGGGCUCGAGGUCCACACAACUGCAGCACAGCACAGCACAGGCAUUGCGUUGCCUCUCAUAGGCCUUGUCCUGGGCAACGGGACCGCUAAGGAGCCACUUCCAACCACAUCUCACAACACCAUCAUCCCAACAUCACGAACGAGGUACUCGGCACUCUAGGAUUAGUAGGACAAUUGUGUUUGGCCAUUCUGCAGCCAAAGCCCAUCACCUGCGAAAAUAUGUCCCCACCACCGCCACCAUCGCAAUGGGUGGAGGAACUCAACUCGCCUCCAGUAUCACGGUCCAAGUUAACCAUUCCGGAUCCUCCAGGAUAUACAGCAGCAUCUUCAGGAAACAAGGUAUGUGACUGCAAUCUGCAAACCAUCACUAAGUACAUGCUAACUUAUCCGCAGAAGCAAAUCGCCUCCUCCAAAACCCAAACCCCGGCUCGAACCGCCCCAACCACCGAAGAAAUGGACACCCUCAAGCUCAAGAAAGCCUGGGAAGUCGCCCUAGCACCCGUCAAACAGCUGCCCAUGACCGCAAUCAUGAUGUACAUGUCCGGAAACUCUUUGCAAAUGUUCAGUAUCAUGAUGGUGGUGAUGGCCUUCAAGAACCCGCUGAUGGGAUUGAUGGCAACAAAUCAGGCAUUUGAGAAGUUUAAUAGUCCAGGGACAAGCGCAAGUUUGUUGGCUGUCAAGGCUACGUAUGUUGCCAUGCAGAUUUUGGCUCUGGCUUUGGGAGUGUGGAAGGUUAAUGGGAUGGGACUUUUACCGUGAGUUUUGUUUUUGGGGAGUUAUUCUGAUGAUUUGAUACACAUGCUAAUGUACUAUAGGACUACACAAUCAGAUUGGUUGGCUUGGGAGACUGCGAGAGACCCGAUGGAGAUUGCGAUACCCGCUUUUUAAGCACUGGAAUGAUUAUAUGCCAUUUUAUAUC